AUGAGAUGGAAGGGAAUUGGAGAGGGAACAACUGAAGAUGAUCAUAAAGUAUGCGAAUGCAGUGAUGAUAUGAUCGAAGACUUUUAUGAAGAUCUAGAAAAACUUUUAAAGACAAUCCCCAGGAAAGACAUAUUAGUAGUUCAAGGAGAUUGGAAUGCAAAGAUUGGGACGGAUGCUUACGAAACAUGGAAAAGAACAACUGGAAAGUUUGGAUUUGGAGAAACAAACAAAAGAGGUCAGAAACUGCUAGAACGUAAGAAACGGAACAAGAGAAAUUUAAGUGCUGCAGAGCUAGCAGAGUAUAGGACAACAAAUAGAAAGAUUGUUGAAAUAAAACGAAAACCUGCAAAUGUAAUCGAAGACAGCAAAGGCAAAUUACUAACAAAAGUUGAUGAAACAACAAAGAGGUGGAAGGAAUAUUGUGAGGAACUGUACAACUAUGAGAUAGAAAAGGAUUUGCAAGUAUUAGGCGAGUCAGUACAAGUAGAUGAUAUGAGAGAAGAGAUUUUACUAUCGGAGGUAGAGAUUGCGAUUAAAGAAUUAAAAAAGGGCAAGGCACCUGGUGUGGAUAACAUCCAAGCGGAACUAUUACAAUCUGAUGGAGAAGUGACAGCAAAAGUACUUCAAAAGCUAUGCAACACAAUAGCGGAGGCCAAAAAAUGGCCAAAGUAG